AUGGAGCUGGUCAAUGGAACUACUGUGCAGGAAUUCAUUCUGCUGGGCUUCAGAGUUGAACAACAGGGGCGCCUGCUCCUUCUUAUCUUCUUCACAGCUGUCUACACCUUCACUUUGGCUGAGAACUUCAUCAUUGUCAUGAUAGUAGUUCAAGAUGCUUGUUUGGCUCACCUACCCAUGUACAUCCUGCUGAGCAACUUCUCCUGGCUGGAGAUGUGUUAUGUGAGUUCCACAGUGCCAUGGAUGCUCUUUGACCUGUCCUUCCCAGGAGGGGGCAUUUCCUUCCAUUCCUGCUUCCUCCAGUUUUACAUCUUCUUCUCCCUUGGCAAUACUGAAUGCUUCUUUCUCGCUGCCAUGGCCUUGGAUCGGUACCUAGCCAUCUGCUACCCGCUGCACUACCCACAAAUCAUGUGCCAAGAUUCUUGCUAUGUCCUUGUGGCCACUUGUUGGGUUCUUGGUUUCCUGUGGUACAUCGCACCAGUGUUUUUGAUUUCCAGGUUGUCCUUCUGUAGUUCCAACACCAUUGAUCACUUUGUAUGCGACCCUGGUCCAAUUUUAGCCCUGGCUUGCCCCCCACUGGGCUAUAUCCCUCUCCUCUGCUACAUCUUUGUAUCCUCUGUCGUUCUGGCCACUUUCCUCUUCAUUGUGAUCUCCUAUGCAUGUGUGGGUGUUACUCUUGUGAAGACCUCCAGCCAAACCAGACGUAUCAAGGGCUUCACCACUGUGUCUUCUCAUCUAGCAGUGGUGACGCUCUUCUACGGCUCCGUAGUGGCUAUGUACGUAGGACCCAAUGGAAAAAACCAGGCUCAGAUCACCAAGGUAGUGACUCUAUUUUACUCUGCCAUCACCCCUGUGCUUAACCCACUGAUCUACUGUCUCAGGAAUGAUCAGAUGAAGGAAGCAUUGGCAAGGUUCUUGAGAAAGAAGCGGGUGAUAUAG